AUGUCCACCACUGCCGACGAUUUCUUUUCGCCAAAUAUAGUAGCGAUUGUUGCUAAUUUGAAAAUCAGUGAAAGCAUAGCUGUAAGUGGUGAGCAUGAAUGUAUCUUUGCUAAAAAUCUUCUCAUGAAGGGUGUGACGUUUAUGGCAUUUGGCAAUGGGGCUCCCGACAUAUUCAAUUCCAUUGCUUCUGUUCUCAACAGUCCAAAGCCCAAAGCGGGAAUUGCUUUGGGUGGACUUCUCGGAGCCGGUAUAUUUGUCACAUCUGUAGUCACCGCCACUAUCAUACUUGUCAAACCGUUUAAAAUUGAUGUAUGCUCGACCAUUCGUGACCUCAUAUUUUAUCUUAUUGCACUGGCUUGCAUAACGCUUGCAUUUCUUUGCAGCACAAAUGUGUACGUCUGGGAGCCAGCAGGUACUUUUUCGAAGGGAUUCCUAGAGCGUCAUUCUUUGUUCAAGGUUUUCUGGCACUUUACGCUGUAUAUAUUCUCACCGUGAUA